AUGGAGCAACUAGUUAACACUAAUGGCGCUAUAUCCACUAAGAAGAAGAAGAAGAGCGUAGAGGAACAAUCAUGCUUCUUCUGCGCAAUGGAAGACCCAAACCCCCAACGCCGCCAAUCAACUCUAAGCUCCUUCUUCAGCUCAAUGCCUCACAACGACGACGACCCUUCCCAAGUCCUCGUCAUGAGCGGGCUCUGGACCUACGCCAUGACCAGAUGCGACGUCGACCCAAUCCUUGCUUCCUCCGGCAUCCUCCGAUGCUGCUCUCUCCUCAUCAACAAAGCCCUCAACAAUCCCUCCUGGCUCCACCGCCACCAAAACAUUUAUAUCCCUUAUUACGCCGCCCACAUCAUCGGCUCCUUCACCCUCCACCUCCCACGAUUCGCUUCCCUCGCCGUCUCCUCCGGCUGUCUCCCUUCACUCCUCUCUCUCCUCCGCGGCUCAAUGACUUGGAUAGAACAGCGCGUCGCCGUCCGCGCCCUCGGCCAUCUCGCUAGUUUCGACGAUACUUUCCCCGCCGUCGAAACCCACGCCGGCGAUUUCAUCAUCCCGGUUACCAUCCACCUCGCCUCCACCUGUCUCCAAACCGUAUAUUCCGAGCCGAGAGCGAAAUACCAGAGAGAUCUCCUCACUCGCGGACUCAACGGAGCCGAUACGGAGGCGAGGAAGGCAGAAGAAUGGGCCAGCCAGCUUCAAACCUGGUCAAUUUACCUUCUCUGCUGCUUCGCCUGGCGCGACGUGAAGUGGCAUGUGGACAUUGUAACGAAAAACGGCAACUUUAUGAAGAAGCUCUGUACCAUGUGGGGAGGAUUAGCCAAUGGUGACUCCCCAGCAGGAGUUGGAUUAAUGAGAAUCCUUUGCCGGAGCGAACUCGGCCGGACGGCGAUCGCCGGUUGCGUCAAAGCCGUUCAAAGCCUCUGUAAUCUCUCCCGUUCAUCAGACGACUGGCAGUACAUGGGAAUAGACUGUCUUCUCCUCCUCCUAAACAAUCCAACCACCCGCGCCCAAGUCCUCCCGAUAGCUUCGCCGCACCUAACCGACCUCGCCGAGCUCCGGCGACUCGGUUCCAGAAGACGGCUCGGCGAAAAGAUAAUUAACUCUCUUUCACUAACGGAAUUGGUGCAGAGAACAAAAAUGGAGGCAGAAAUGAGCUUAGAGGAAAUAGAACUAAAGUGCAAAAUCGCGAGGGAAAGGGAAAAGGAAGGGAAUAAGCGGCUUCGGAUCGGUGACGUGGAAGGAGCCGUUGAAAAGUACACGGAAGCAUUGCUGACCUGUCCGCUGAAAAGAAGAAAGGAGAGAAUGGUAAUUUACAGCAAUCGGGCCACGUGUAGGGUUUUGAUUGGGGAGGCGGAGGCGGCGAUUAGCGACGCGACGCGGGCCUUGGCGCUGUCGGAGCCGGCGAAUACGCACGGGAAGAGUCUAUGGAGGCGGGCGCAGGGUUACGAUAUGAUUGGGAUGGCCAAGGAGAGUUUGAUGGAUUGUUUGACGUUUUUGAACUGGAGGUAUAAUAAUUAUGCGGGGAAGCGAGAGAGAAUUGGUGCGGUUGUGCCUUAUUGCGUUGUGCGGAUGAUUAAUAAGCAGAUGAGCAGAGUUUGGCUGUUCGACGAGGUCACGAAGAAGUGCGGCGGCGGCGGCGGCGGCGGCGACGUCGGCGUCGGCGUCUCUGAAGAGGGUACUGCACGCCUCUUAAAGCAAUAA